CCCCCCCCCUCUCUCUCUCUCUCUCUCUCUCUCUCUCUCUCUCUCUCUGUGACCUCUGUCAGGAUUCCGUGUAGAGUUCGACCUCUCCAAACCUUCGGGGUCUCGUGUGAAGAGCCUCACCAUCCUCUGCACUAAAUGUCGUGUUCCUCAAUACGAGCGCGUCGAGGACGAGACGCUGUAUAAAGUCGUCCUGCCGUCCUACAUGGUGACGGGUGGAGACGGAUUCUCCAUGAUCAAAGACGAGAUCCUCAAACACGACAGCGGGGAUUUAGACCUUUCAGUUGUGUCGCACUACGUCGCGCUGAGAAAGAAAGUUUAUCCGUCUGUGGAAGGACGCAUCAAGAUCUACAACUCAGCUUCUGGACCGCGAGGACAAACCGCCCCGCUGGUUUUACUGGUUUCACUGGGACUGCUCUGGACUCUGUUUUGUACUCUGUGAGACCUCACUGAAGUACAUCAUUGGCAAUGCAUUGUGGGAUGUGUAGUUCACUGACUCCACUUAAAAACGUUGCCUUUUUAUUCUGUUUUUUUUAACGCUGUUUUGGCGCCAAAUCAAACAUUUUUAUGGUCGCAAGUACUGGGUGAGCUAGUUGUCAUGGUUACAGGCUUCAAUAUCUCGAUAUAAGGGUUUUUGUGAAAUGUCAAUGGAGGAUUUGAAACAGAUAAAUUUACUUCCAGAACCAGAGCCGCGGCCGCUUUUGAGCUUUAUUGUGUCUGAUAUUAGGAUGUUCACUUUGACAGCAGAAAUAAACGUGUUGACUGUUUUUAUAAAUA